AAGCCAACCGCUCACUGUGACCAAGCUCUCGACGAUCGGCCUACCAAAAAACCUAACGCGACGAGAAAACCCGACGAAUCCACCCCGAAACCACCGCAAGGACUCGCCGGAAUCCAGAUCAAUUAAAACCGAGCACCUCAAAGAAACGAAUUGAUCCAAAACUUCGCUCAAAAUGCCGCAGGACAUGCCGCCGGUGGGCGGCUACGGCCCCGUCCAGUACAAGCGCAACUUGCCCUCUCGCGGCUUCCGCCCUGCCCAGCUCCUCUUUGGCAUGGGCCUGGUGAUGACAUAUGGCUGGUACAAGCUCGGAAAGGGUAUCAGGGAGCAAAAUGAGCUCGCCCGCGAGAAGAUGUGGGCUCGUAUCCACUUGAUCCCGGCGCUGCAGGCUGAGGAGGACAGGGACGCUGUCCGGAGGCACCUGGCUGACCAGGCUAGGGAGAAGGAGCUUAUGGGCUCCAACUUCCCAGUUUAUAACUCCGACAGAUAUGUUCGUCCGACUUAUGCUGUUACUCCUACCCAGACUAAGGAAUAAAUAUUCGCUGCUGGGAGGAGAGCAUGCAGUAGGGAGUCGCCUCGAGGCUCUGGUCUGACUCAAAUCAGUGCCUUGACUUCGAAGUCGGCCAAAGAGCGCGGGCUUGGGUUGUUUGCCACGGAUGAGCUCCAGGACGAAGGACGGCCUUGGGUGCUUGCUGUACAUAUUGUGGGGGCAAUAGAGCAGACCUUUUCUUUUUUUUCACAUUUUCAAGAGUUGGCUGAGGAAAUAUCUCUCCAUUUAUGACGUAGAAAGGGAGCGCCGUGACACUUGUACAUCAGCGUCAGUGACAUGGAAAAUCUUAACAUCAGUCAAUUCAAUUGACCAGAAACCCCUGAGGUAAAGCCGUGUCGCCCAGAUUGUAACACCGCUUGUCAACUCCCGCAAAAUUCGUAUCGCACAAACUUUGGUAUUCCGGCCACCCAAGAUAACAUUAUAUAAAAGAAAAUGCAAAAUAAUCAUAAACUUCG